AUGCCGGAAGCGCUCCUCUUCGACUGCGACGGCGUGCUGGUGGACACUGAGAAGGACGGCCACCGCGUGUCGUUCAACGAGGCGUUCAAGCGCAAGGGCCUCGACCACGAGUGGGGCGUCGAGCUGUACGGCGAGCUCCUGGAGACGGGCGGAGGCAAGGAGCGCAUGUUGCGGUACUUCAGCGGCUGCGAGGACGUCGAGCCCUUCAAGUCCAUCCAGGGCGAGGAGGCGCGGUGGGAGUUCCUGAAGGAGAUGCACGCCCUGAAGACGGAGAUCUUCAUGGAGCUGAUCGAGACGGCGCGGCUGCCGCUGCGCCCCGGCGUGAAGCGCCUCAUUGAGGACGCGCUCUCGCAGGGCGUCAAGGUCGCGGUGUGCUCGACCUCGAACGAGAAGGCCGUCAGCAAGAUCGUGGAGGUCAUGCUCGGGCCGGAGAUCUUCAAGAAGAUGCCCGUGUACGCCGGCGACAUGGUCCCUAAGAAGAAACCCGACCCAGCGAUUUAUACCUUGGCCGCCAAGGAGCUCGACGUGAGCCCGGCGCGGUGCGUGGUGAUCGAGGACUCCCGCAUCGGGCUGCUAGCCGGGAAGGGCGCCGGCAUGCGCGUCGUCGUCACCAAGUCGAGCUACACGGAGGAGGAGGACUUUGCCGAGGCGGACGCAGUGUUCGACUGCAUUGGGGACGAGGGCGACGAGCGGUUCUCGCUGGACGACCUCACGACGCCGGGGUCGUUCUGGAUCAACCCGCCCGCGCCCAUGGAGGCCGCGGGCUGA